CCAGACCUACUGAGAGUGAGAGUGAGAGAGAGAGCGGUCAAAGCCACGAGGGAAACUACACGGGCGAGAGUCCAUGCCCAUAACCGUCCUUCUACUACACACGAGCCGAGGAGAGGGCCGGGCGCAGUAUAAAACGGCCUCGUCCGGGGCGGGCGCAACGGCACCUCACCUCACCUCACCGCCCGCAUAUGAAACCCCGCGCGCGCGCGCACACGCACGUACGGUAGAUAAAAAGCAGGUAGCGCCGCCGUCACGUCGUGCUCGUCAUGGGCGUCGACGCCGCGCUGCAUGGGGCGGCGGCGGAGGCGGCGCUGCAUGGGGCGCUCUCGCUGCAGCCGCACGUGGCCGGCGCCUUCUUCGCGCUCGCGGCGUGCACCGUGGCGCUCGCCGCCCUGCUGGCCGUGGCGCGCACGCGCCCGCCGUGGUGGUGCGACUGCGCCGUCUGCGAGGCCUACCUCACGGCGUCCUGGGCCGGCGAGUUCGACAACCUCUGCGACUGGUAUGCGCACCUGCUGCGCCGCUCGCCGUCGCAGACCGUGCACGUCCACGUGCUCCGCAACGUGCUCACCGCCAACCCCGUCACCGUCGAUCACAUGCUGCGCGCGCGCUUCGAUAACUACCCCAAGGGCAAGCCCUUCUCCGCCAUCCUCGCCGACCUGCUCGGCCGCGGGAUCUUCAACGUCGACGGGGACGCGUGGCUGUUCCAGCGGAAGCUCGCCGCGGCUGAGCUGGCCUCCCCGGCGCUCAGGGCUUUCGCCUCCGGCGUCGUGGCCUCCGAGCUGCGGGGCCGUCUCGUUCCCCUGCUUGACUCUGCAUGUUCCCACGACGACGACGACGACGACGACGGUGGCAAGGUGCUGGACCUGCAGGACGUCUUCCGUCGCUUCGCCUUCGACUGCAUAUGCAAGAUCUCCUUCGGCCUCGACCCGGGCUGCCUCGAGCUGUCCAUGCCGGUAUCGGCGUUCGUGGACGCGUUCGACACGGCGUCCAUGCUCUCUGCGAGGCGCGCCACCGCGCCGUUGCAGAUCAUAUGGCGCCUGAAGCGGUUCUUCAACGUCGGGGACGAGAGAAAGCUCCGGGAAUCCGUGCGCCUCGUCGACGGGUUCGCCGCGGAGGUCACGCGGCAACGACACAAGCUCGGCGGCGCCGCGUCCGGCAGCGACCUCCUGUCGCGGUUCAUGGGCUCCAUCAGCGACGAGAAGUACCUCAGGGACAUCGUCGUCAGCUUCAUGCUCGCCGGCCGCGACACCAUCGCCUCAGCGCUGACCGCCUUCUUCCUGCUCCUCUCCGAUCACCCGGAGGUCGCCGCGGCCAUCCGGGACGAGGUGUCACGCGUCGCGGGCGACGACGACAACGGCCGGCCGAGCUUCAGCAAGCUCAAGGACAUGCACUACGUGCACGCGGCGCUGUACGAGAGCAUGCGGCUGUUCCCGCCGGUGCAGUUCGACUCCAAGUUCGCGGCGGGCGACGACACGCUCCCGGACGGCACGGCCGUGGCCAAGGGCACGCGGGUCACCUACCACGCCUACGCCAUGGGGCGGAUGGAGUCCGUGUGGGGCCCCGACUGCUCCGAGUUCCGGCCCGAGCGGUGGCUCCGCGACGGGCAGUUCGUCCCGGUGAGCCCGUACCGGUACCCGGUGUUCCAGGCCGGCGUGCGCGUCUGCGUCGGCAAGGACCUCGCGCUCAUGGAGAUGAAGGCCGUCAUCGUCGCCGUCGUCCGGGGCUUCGACAUCGAGGCGAUCGACCGGAGCUCGCGCCGGCCCAAGUUCGCGCCGGGGCUGACGGCCACGUUCGCCGGCGGGUUGCCGGUCAGGGUUCGCCGGCGAGGGCGUCCGGCGAGCGGGCACAGCCCACCAACCUGAUACGGAAUAAACAACUGUUGGUGCCCUGACGAUCGCGCUCUUGUUCGCUUAUUCUCUCGCCCGUUUCGUCCUUUGGAACAGGGAUAAAAUCGCGCGCUAGAUUGUAUGCCGCUGGCAGCCCGUGGCCACUCGCGCCGUGAGUGCGCUGGCGUUUGGCAGCACCGAGCAGCAGCUGAUCGAUGAUGCUGGACGAUUGAUUAGUCAGUACGUACGCAGCUCUCCACUUCAGACUGAGAGUCGAGAUCGAUAGAUCUACAGAUAGAUUCCUCGAAUCGACAGCAAAUUAUUGAGAUCGGGUCAGGCUUCAGUUCCGCGCGACUGUUAUGUGGUACGGAUAACGGAAAGACUAUAUAUAAACCGUCCGGGAAAUACCCCUUGGCUCUC